AUAAUGACAAUGACAUUGACUUUGACAUUUUCAAUUGAAAUUUGAUUUUGACAAAAAUUGGCAGCCAAAAUCGUAGUUAUGAAAUAGUAUUUUUUUAUUCCAAUGAAACAGAAAAACAAUAACUGCGCGUGAAAAUAAUUACGAUGGCCACGAAAACUAUUGCAAGUGCAACCGUGAGGGCGGUGAAGAAGAGGAUAUUACCAACACGGGCAGCUCUCGUGUUGACUCCUUCUGCAGUAAAUAAGAUAAAGGAGAUAAUGGCGAAAGAAGAGGCUAAAGGUUUCUUAGGAUUGAAAGUCGGAGUUCGCCAGAGAGGGUGCAAUGGAUUAUCUUACACCUUAGACUAUGCUAAAAGCAAAGAUAAGUUAGAUGAAGAAGUGAAACAGGAUGGAGUGACUAUAAUAAUCGACAAAAAAGCGCAAUUAACGUUACUAGGAACUGAAAUGGAUUUUGUUGAGAACAAGCUUUCAGCAGAGUUUGUGUUCAACAACCCUAAUAUAAAAGGCACAUGCGGCUGUGGAGAAUCUUUUAGUAUAUAAAAUUAGUAGUUGUUGACUAGUCUAUAUUUUAAUUUUAUUUGUAUACUAUUGAGGUUGCUAAUAGUUUUAAAUAGAGCCUUUUUUCUCAUAUUGUCUUUAAACAAGCACAUACAUAGAACAAAUUUACCUUGACAUUGCA